AUUGAACGAAUGUACGUGCAUACCGUGCUCUCAAUUGAGGUACUCGUGCAGCUAUAAUCUUGUGCGCUAGCAAACUGCAAUAUUUUUUGACAGACAGGGAUAACAAUUGAACAAAAUCUACACCCUUUACUGUCGUUUGGCUACUUUCUUUUGAAUCACCUUGGAAUAAAUCGUGAACUGUGUGAACGACGCGGGACACAGACCGCUGUGUUGCAAUAGGUUGACCGUGAUCCAACAACAACAAACUGGAAGCGUCGAAUCUUGGAAGACUGCGGAGGAAUGAACCACUGAAUGUGACACAAUUCGGAAGAUUGGACAUAUUGUUUUUCUAAAUCAAACACACACUCAAUUAACAAGAUUAAAGGGCACCCAUGGCUCAUACAGUACAGGAUCACCAGAGACCUCUGCCCAAGUCUGCACUGCUGUCCCUCCCUCCCUCUGACAAAACUAAUAGGGGGGCGGUGUUGGACGCCCUGUUAAGUGGAGCGUUUGCUGGUGCUGUGGCCAAAACAGUCAUAGCUCCUCUGGAUAGAACCAAGAUUAUCUUCCAAGUGUCCUCACAAAGAUUCUCUGCUAAGGAAGCCUUCAGACUUAUCUACUGUACGUACAUGAAGGAUGGCUUCCUCAGUCUGUGGAGGGGCAACUCUGCCACCAUGGUGCGUGUCAUCCCCUACGCCGCCAUCCAGUUCUGCUCCCACGACCAGUACAAGAGAUUACUGGGGGGAUACUUUGGCUUCCAGGGAAAAGCCUUGCCUCCUUUUCCACGUUUCCUGGCCGGAUCAAUGGCUGGGACCACGGCUGCCAUGCUAACCUAUCCUCUUGACAUGGUGCGAGCCAGGAUGGCAGUGACGGCCAAACAGAUGUACAGCAACAUCAUGCACGUGUUUGUCCGCAUCACCCAGGAGGAGGGCAUAAAGACCCUGUACAGAGGCUUCUGCCCAACCAUCUUGGGAGUGAUCCCAUACUCAGGAAUCGCCUUCUACACAUACGAGACUCUGAAGAAACUCCAUGCAGAGAGGACUAGGCGGUCCCAGCCGUACUCUUACGAACGCUUGGCGUUUGGGGCGUGUGCCGGUCUGAUCGGCCAGUCGGCUUCUUAUCCACUGGAUGUGGUUCGCAGACGCAUGCAGACUGCGGGGGUGAUGGGCCAGCAGUACGGCAGCGUUUUGGGCACCAUGAAGGCCAUCAUGGUCCAGGAGGGGGUGCUCCGGGGACUCUACAAGGGCCUGAGUAUGAAUUGGAUCAAAGGGCCAAUCGCUGUGGGGGUCAGCUUCGCCACCUUUGACCUUGUGCACAACCUCCUGAAUAAGAUAAACCAGCCUGGAUACUUCCCACACUGAACCAGCAGGGGGAGCCAGGGGGGAAGCUCACGGUUGGGACUACAAUUGUAGUCACUCGGUCACAGGGACUAGAAUGGCAGUAAUACGCCAGAUUCACCCACUCACAGAAUGGAUGCUCUGAGUAGGCCAAUGCACUCUACAUGUCAGGGAUUGAAGGGAGCGGGUGGAUGCUGGACAGGCGUGAAGAGGCAGGAGCUGUCAGUUUAUUUCAGUGCACAUUCUCUGCCACAUUCCUGCUGUUGAAGGACUAGGCAUCGGCACUAAGGCUUAUCCGAGUGUCCUCAAACAGGGUAGGUGUGUGCAGGUCCUGCAGUGUCUGAAGUAUGAAAAUGAGUUUUAAGUUUUCAGUCCUGAUCUUUGCUUGAGAUUGUUUUGACAAGGGCACUGUUAUUGGGUCUGGGUAUAUUCAGGUGACAGACUUUAGUUUCAUACUUUAUUACAGUAUUUUAUGAACUGUUGUGUUCAGUGUUUAGUUGUAUCAUGGAGAGAGAACAUUUGUCACAUGCUUAUGAAGUUUCACAGUUAUAUUUCCAACUAUUCUUUGUUGCUUUCUUUGUUGAUCCCUUUCGGGCUCUUUGCAAUUGUAAUCCGCUGCUCAGUUUUGCAUUUAGAAUCAACAUAGAAAAGUCAGCUAGUCUGUACCUUGCUGUCUGACAGUUUCUAUAUUUGUUUAUUUCUUGAAACUUAAGAUAUUGUUGUCUGGAAUAUGUUAAUAUACCAAAGAUAGUACUUCUUGAUAUAUGUGUAUGAAAUAAUCAUAAAUCAAAAUGUAUUAUGCUAGAAAUGCAUCCUGUAUAAUGAAACUUUAUGUCUAAUUGCAAUAUUUGUAAUAAA